ACAACACAUUGUUGAGCUCUUGAAGGGUUUCAGCAUUUUUUAGUAGCUACAAAAACAGAAUUAACACAGGACAGACCCAAACAGAUUGCUUCAACUUAACUGUUCCAGCUGGUUUCUGAUCACCAUCCCAGUCAGUUAAAGGAUGGACUUUAUCAAACUGGUAUUCAUCAGAAAACACAGUACUUUGGAUCAUCGAUGUUAUUUUAAUGCCACAAUCCCCAUCUUCCAGACUCCUCCUCGUGUCUGAGACAAAAUCACACUCAGUAAGCAGAUGAUAUGAUGCCUGCUAAUUCCACCAGUGAAGAUAUGCGCCCAGGUGAGCUCCCAGGCUUCACAGGUCAGCCCCUGGACCCACUUGUCUACAUACUAAGUGGGGUUUUCUCCUUCAGCGCUCUCACGUUCACACUGCUGGGGGUCGUCUGUCUCAGAAAAUAUCGUUCUUUGAUCCGUACAAUUGGAGAGCUGCAGGGGAGACAAUUGUUCCUUGGUCCUGUCCCUCAGCUGGAAGCUUCCAUCAUGCCUGUGAGUCCAGUCCUAAACGAGGAGGACCAGGAUGAGCUUCCUCUCCAGGCUCCCCUGCAGCAGAGUAGCACAAUGAAGUCCUCAUCCAGGAAGCUAUGGAAAGGCCUGCAGCAGGGUCCAUGUUUCACUAAGUCAGACCUGAACCUGCUGCAGCUGAUCAAAGCAGGGAAGGAGGGCAUCUUCUACCAGGCCAGGAUGACCAGAGGGACAUGCAAAGGCCACAACAUGUUCACAUGCAAGAUCAGCAAGGAAGGUACCCGUCCCAAGCACGUGGACAUAGAGGUCUCCAUCAUGAAGAAACUGGUUCACCACAAAAACAUCCUCCAGUUACUGGACUGGAACACCACUGAGGAGCCUUCCAUUCUGAUCAUGGAGUAUGUGAGCUAUGGCACUCUGAGGACCUUCCUGCAGACAAACAGAAGCCAACUGAGUGCAGAUCCUGAACUGCAGAACCUACUCACCAUUGCCUCUUACCACAUCGCUCUGGCCAUGCAGCAUCUGCGCACCAAAAUGAUUGUGCACUGUGACUUGGCUCUGAGGAAUGUCAUGGUCAAUAAGUUUCCCUGGGAAGUGAAAGUGGCAGAGUUCGGCUUGGCCCGAGACUUAACACGCAUAACAAGUCGCCACAGCAGCCGGUGGAGAAACCCACGGCAGCGAGUGCCGCUGCGCUGGUACCCACCUGAGUACUUCAAGAACAACUACUACAGCUUCAAGGGAGAUGUGUGGGCGUUUGGAAUCGUGCUGUGGGAGAUGCAGACAUUUGGUACCUUGCCAUAUCCAAACCUGGAGACAUCAGAGGCAGUGGUGUACCACAUCUGUAUCGGUCAUAAAAACACAAACCCUGAGGGCUGCAGACCGGAGAUACUUCAUAUCAUGCAAGACUGUUGGCUGGAGCCAUACACUGUGAGACCCUCAUUCACAGACAUUGUCCGCAUGCUGGAGAACAUUAUGGAAAACGACGCAGAUUAUGUGGAUGUUGAGAAACCACAGCUUUUGGUGAAAGAUGAGGCCAAAUAUCAUGAAGCUAAACGUCUACGAGCAGCCAGCGUCACCCUAGAGGAUAAGAAUCCCAUCUAAAUAAAUUUACUGAGGCAUCAGAUCAAGCAGUGUGCUGUACAUUUUAAAUCAACACACAUAACUUUUUAGGCUACAUUUACUGCACCUGCUUGGGGGCACCCUUUCAAGACCUGUCUCAAAUAUGGCAAGUGUAAGAUGAUCACACAUAAAUGACCCAUUACACAGCAAAAACAAAUGCAGCUGGAACGUAGCAAUAAUGUUACAGGGAGGGUAAAAAUAAUGUACUUACAUGUGCUUGUUUGGCACUGUGAAAAAAUGGUCAUGCCACUCACUUCUACUUUUUAACUUUGGUUUUAUUUUUUUAUCCAUCCUAUUUUUUUGCUAACUCAAAUAGAACAUCAAUUUGAUGUGAUAGGCAUCUUCAGCUUUUUCACUGGGCUGCCAUAGAGCAGCACAAAAGCUCUAUACAUGUUUACCUGUUUCCAAAAAAAUCUGUUGUUUUCUUAUUACUAA